GCAGUAUUUCUGGAGCACUGUAGAAAAAAAAUUAAGAGAAGAUGUCAGAAUUCUUAAUUUAUUCCUUGUUCAUUUACACAAUUGGCACUGCAAUCACUUAUCCACGCAUCCAAAAUUCUAUCAAAGAUGAAAUAGAAAUUCAAGAAGUGCCCAAUCUAAUUGCCAAUCCUAAAAGUGAUGAUCAUUUUGAAGGUCCAGAAGAUGCUUUUACUGAAGUUGAAGGCGUUGAAAUUUUGAAUAGCUCAGAGAUUAAUUUAAGAAAUUUUAUUUUCCUUUUUAUAUUUUCCUUUUUUGAAGAUGAAGUUUUAACGAUAUUUAAGUGAUUUAAGAUUAUGAUGGAAAAGAAAAUAUCCACCCAACAUUUUUCAUUUGAUACUCAAUGUAAAUAAAAUAUGCAUAAAUUACCUUUGAAAUAC